AUGACCGACGAUCAGAAGAGCAUGGCGAUGGCGGCUGGAUUCGCUGUGCUAGCUUUCUCAAUGUGGAAAUGGCAGCAUGAUAAGCCCUUCGCUCGGGCUUACGAGAGUACACACUGUGAGGAGGGUAAAGUCGUCAAGGAGUCGACCGGUACUGUACCGGUUGUCGACAAGCUGCCGGAGGAAUUCGAUUUGAAGAGCGGAGUCGUGCGGAUUGCCGUUUACCAGUAUGAGAGCUGCCCGUUUUGCCGCAAGGUUCGUGGUGUACUAGACUACCAUCGGCUACCCUACAAACUGGUUGAAGUGCAUCCUUUGACCAAGGCCGAGACUAAGAGCUUCGCUCCUGAUUAUAAGAAAGUUAGACUCGGCAUAGUAGAUACCUCGGAUGGUGAUGAACUCAGUGUAGAGGAGCAAUGGGUCCGUUGGGCUGAUCAGUGUUUGGUAGUAUUUCCAGAUAGCGACACAUUUGACACUGCUUUUGCGGCCCAGGUACAACUAAUUGUAAUUAAUAUAUAUAGGAAUCUGAAGGAAUCUAUGGAGACGUUCGACUACCUUCUCACGCACAAGGAGUUUGGAUACAUCUCGAAGAUGGCAGUAUACUGGAGUGGCACUUUUGUGAUGAUGAUGGUAUCGGGAGCUAGGAGGAAGAAGUAUCAUGUUCCUAAGGGAGAAGAACGAGAAGCGUUAUACGAGGCAGUCGAUAUGAUGGUGGAUCAGAUGGGCGACAACAGCUUCCUUGGCGGAAAAUCUCCUUGCAAAGCUGACUUUAACGUCUAUGGAGUAUUGAGAUCCGUGGAAGGGUUUACGACUGAGCGGCUCCUUUGGGAAAACACGAAGAUCAAAGGAUGGUACGACCGCAUGAAGGAGCUUGUGGGCCCCUCCAUGGCUGACACUGUCGUACCACGAGGCCCUUCUACCAGCGCUGUGGUGGCCGCGUGA